AAGAAACCCAGCAAAUCUCCUUUGCCCUAAUAUUUGGAUCUCUCCUUCUCUUCUUCAACCUACAGAAACUCACAUUCUUCUUCAACAAUUGAACAGAUCAGGACGUAAUGUAGGCAUUUUCUCUCUCAUUGGUUUUCCCAGUACAAAUCAUAGUCCCCAAUUGUUUGUUUCAUAAAUAAAGAGAGAGAAUUAGAAGAAAAUGGAAGGUCGGUUUAGCGCGGAAGAUCUCUCAACAAUCGGAGGAAUCGCCACUGUUUCGGUUUUGCACUCUUUCAUCCCCACCCAUUGGCUCCCCUUUUCCAUUGUCGGUCGUGCUCAGAAAUGGACCCUCUCCCGUACACUUCUCGUCACUGCAUUUGGUGCGGUGUUGCAUGUAAUAUCCACUUCGCUUCUUGGCAUAACAGCAAUCACCAUAACAAACACUAUUGCUGGAGAGGAAACUGUGCAUAAACUUGCCUCACUGUUGCUUGUAAUUCUCGGUGGUAGUUAUGUUAUAUUGUUCCUGUCUGGAAAGGGUGGUCACAGCCAUUCCCACAACCAACCCAUGGAAAAAAUGGCUGUUGCUGGGCUUGUCCUUGUUCCAGCACUGUCUCCUUGUGCAACCACUCUUCCUGUGUUUCUUGCUGUUGGGAAUUCAUCCUCCAUGAUGGUGCUCGCCAUCAUAGUUCUGCUAUUUAGCACUAUAACUGUGAUGACCUCGCUGGUGGCGCUCUCAUUCUAUGGUGCAAGUCAGCUGAAGUUUCACUGGGUGGAACGCUAUGACAAGCUUCUUGUAGGCUCAGUCCUAUGUUUAGUUGGAAUUUUGACACUAGUCUUUCAUCAUCAUGAUGGAGAUGUGAGUUCUACUGGAGAGCAUUUACAUAGGAAGCUCAUUGCCAUAUGAGGAUUCUUCUCAAUCCUCCAUUCUCUGUUUUGGGAAGGUUGCCAAGUAGAAUGCAUGUUUUUAUCAGCCAAAGAGGGGUGGAUGUAAGACAUUGGUUCAUUGUGCCAUUGAUGAGCUGGAGAAUUGAGUGUGUGUGGGUGUAUAUUUAAUGUUUCAGUUGCCCUUCGGUUCUCCUGUCCAUAUUCGUUAGUUUUUGUGGUAAUGUGCAUGACUUUAAUGUCACUGGGCUCAAUGCCAGUUAAUGAAAUGAUUUUAUUUUGAUUCGG